AUGACAAUGUUUGAAAAUGUUACCCGGGCCCUGGCCAGACAGCUAAACCCUCGAGGGGACCUGGUACCCCUUGACAGUCUCAUCGACUUCAAGCGCUUCCAUCCCUUCUGCCUGGUGCUGAGGAAGAGGAAGAGCACGCUCUUCUGGGGUGCCCGCUAUGUCCGCACUGACUACACCCUCCUGGACGUGCUUGAGCCCGGCAGCUCACCUGCAGAGCCAACAGAUAGUGGGAACUUUGGCUUUAAGAAUAUGCUAGAUGCCCGAGUGGAGGGAAAGGUGGAUAUGCCUAAGACGGUGAAAGUGACGGGAACUGCAGGGCUCUCCCGGAGCAGCACCUUGGAGGUUCAGACACUCAGUGUGGCACCCAAGGCCCUGGAGAACUUGGAAGAGGAGAGGAAGCUGGCAGAAGACCAUCCAUUCCUGAAGGAGAUGCAAGAUAGAGGAGAGAACCUGUAUGUGGUGAUGGAGGUGGUGGAGACCGUGCAGGAGGUCACUUUGGAGAGAGCUGGCAAGGCAGAGGGAUGCUUCUCCCUCCCAUUCUUUGCCCCAUUGGGACUACAGGGAUCUGUAAACCACAAGGAGGCUAUCACCAUCCCGAAGGGCUGCGUCAUGGCCUUCCGAGUGAGACAGCUGGUGGUCAAAGGCAAAGAUGAAUGGGAUAUUCCACACAUCUACAAUGAUAACAUGCAGACCUUCCCUUCUGGAGGAAAACCAGAAGAGAAGUUCAUCCUUAUACAAGCAUCUGAUGUUGGGGAGGUGCAUGAGGAUUUCAAGACAUUAAAGGAAGAGGUUCAAAGAGAGACCCAAGAAGUAGAGAAGUUGAGCCCAGUAGGGCAACGCUCCCUGCUCAGCUCCCUCAGCAAACUUCUAGGGAAGAAAAAAGAACUCCAAGAUCUUGAGCUCACGCUUGAAGGGGCUAUAGACAAGGGAUAUGAAGUGACCCUGGAGGCACUCCCAAAAGAUGUCCUGCUAUCAAAGGAGGCUAUGGGAGCUGUCCUCUAUUUUCUUGGAGCUCUAACAGAGCUAAGUGAAGCCCAACAGAAGCUAUUGGUAAAAUCCAUACAGAAAAAGAUCCUGCCUGUGCAGCUAAAGCUGGUGGAGAGCACAAUGGAACAGAAUUUCCUGCAGGAUAAAGAGGGUGUCUUCCCCCUGCAACCCAACCUGCUCUCCUCCCUUGGGGAAGAGGAACUGACCUUCACCGAGGCCCUAGUAGGGCUGAGUGGCCUGGAAGUGCAGAGAUCAGGCCCUCAGUACACCUGGGAUCCAGAUACCCUCCCACGUCUCUGUGCCCUUUAUGCUAGCCUCUCCCUCCUGCAGCUGCUGACCAAAGCCACUUAA